AUGAUAACUUUGGAGAUUGAUUUUUUUGAGGAAUGCAGUUUAUUGAAAGAUAUGUUUGUCAUACAUGGGUAUCCUGAUAGACUGGUGGAGGACCUUAUUGAUGAAGUCUCUAUCAAAAUGUCCCGGGGUUUCUUUAAACCAAUUCUGUACAUUAAAGAAGAAAAUGUUGAGACUAGUUUGGAAGAUGAAUUACGAGGAUGGGAGAGGAAUACACAGGAAACACUUAGACAACAACCAGGAAGUGGGCGUGACUACACCAGCAGUGAGCAGAGAGGAACAGCAGUGACAAACACACUGCAUAUAGAUGCUGAAAACUCCAUUUUCAGUGACCUACAGCCGAGAAAAGCAUCUUCAGGUGCUGUAACUAGUGUUGGUGCUAGCAGUUCUAAGGCUACAGGAAAAACAACAACUAGAAGUGAUGAAAUACCAGUUGUUAAACCAAAGAAUACAGCACUGGCCUGUGUUACCCACAUAAACAAUGCUAGUGAUUCCAGCAUUCAGGAAUGCUCUUCCAAGAAUACAAAUGGGACGUUUUUGUUAGAAAAACCUUUCCCAAUACGAGGGAGGUCGCGCAAUCGCCCUCAUGGCAAGACACGGAGACCCCACAGUGUGGACGACCAGAACAAGUUCGUGAAGAAAAGCAAACAGCAAAACUUAACUGCUGAUGUCUCAUACUGCAUGUAUGUUGAGGAAGGUGAUAGAAAAAAAUAGAAAACUGUGGACAACUGUUCCAGUGCACAGCCACUGCUCCUCAUAAAAACUGGGGGCAACUGUUCCAGUGCACAACCGCUGUUCCUCUUAUAAAAUCAUUGCAAGAAAGGUUUCUUGUUGUCUGCCCACAAUAAUUCGAAGCUGUCAUCAGCUUUAUUGCAUCUCACAUCCACAAUGUUUAAAAGCAAUGUCAUUCAAAAAUUAGAAUGUAUUUAUUAAUAAAUUAGACAUGUAGUAAUAAUCCGUGGAAGAAGAUAUUAUCUCUCAUCGAGACAUUAAGAAUGAACCCGGUCUCUUCCUAAGACAAAGGAAAAAAAAGGGGGGGGGGGACUUUUGUGUAAUUAUCAUUUAUAUCUGAAUCAGACUGAUUUAUUUAUUAAUCUAUUCUCAGGCCAAUGUAAAUAGUGUAUA